AUGGAGGUUGUUAUGUGGGAAGGAAAGCCAUUCGAGAUGGCGACUCGCAAGGUUCCUCGGGCCAAGAUUAUCGACAAGAACGACGCUGUAGUACGCGUUACUACUGCAGCUAUUUGCGGAACAGAUUUGCACACAUAUCAUGGCAUCUUUGGAAGCUCCGAAGUCCCUUGGCCAAUGGGCCACGAGGCAAUGGGCAUCGUUGUUGAGGUUGGAUCCGCCGUUGAAUCAAUCAAAAUUGGCGACCGGGUAGUCAUUGCCGAUUUUCCUGAUGAUGGUCAUUUCAAUCUCGAGCCCACUCUGCUACAGUCUUUUACCGCCUUCGGAUUAGGCAAGGACUUUGGCAAUCUUGGCGGUUGCCAGGCCGAAUUUGUCCGCGUGCCCUUUGCAGACGACUCUCUGAUCAACGUUGGCAACUCGCAAAUACCUGACAAGGAAUUUCUUUUUCUCUCUGACAUUUUCGCAACGGCCUGGGGUUGUCUUGACUUUUCUGGGUUUCAACCGGGCGACGAUGUCACAGUCUUUGGUGCUGGUCCAGUAGGACUUCUAUGUGCGUACAGCGCCAUUAUCAGAGGUGCUAGCCGGGUUUUCUCUGUCGACCACAUCCCAGCACGACUGGAGAAAGCCAAGUCUAUCGGCGCCAUUCCGAUCGAUUUUACCAAGGGUGAACCAUCGGAGCAGAUUCUGAAAAUUGUCCCAAAUGGCACGACUCGAUCUUGUGAUUGCAUUGGCUAUGAGUGUCUCAAUACUAAGCUUAAGCCAGAGCAGAACUUUGUCAUCACUCAAGCUGUCAAGGUCACUUCAACAGGAGGUGGAAUUGGAGUUAUCGGCGUUUACUUUGCUGAACCAAACACGAAGGGCACGCCUCGUGGCUCCAUCAUCUCUCCAACUAUCACUUUUCCGAUGACAGCCUGGUGGGAGAAGAACUUGAGCAUGCGUGGAGGUGGUGUCGACGCCAAAGCCAUUGCACCAAUCUUGUUUGAACUUGUUAAGACUGGCCGGGCCCGACCUGGCUUCAUUGUUUCGGGAGAAUACGAGCUCAAGGAUGCUCCUGAAGCCUACCGUCGUUUCGAUAGAAAAGAGGAGACCAAGGUAUUGUUCAAGUUUAAAUGGUCACGAGAGUUUGAGGACCUCGAAGAAAACGCUCGACAAAUCGAAUCCUCCAGCAGCGAAGAGGUAAACGACAGUGACAACAACGGAUUCGCUAGCUACGACGAGUUCACCAGGUAA